UUAGCUGAUAUUAAUUAUCCUUAGAAUACAUAGUGAAUAACCACAAUAUUACCCAAAAGUUCCAAAGAGGGAUGGAGUUACAAAAAGGUGAAGUGCCAGAAAAGUAUAUCCAAAAAGAUAGAGAUGGCGAGCCUCUUGAUGCUAAAUUUCCUGCCAUGGACAUUCCUGUUAUUGAUCUUGAUCUUCUUAGAACUUCACCAACUUCUUCUGCACAUGAACUUGUAAAGCUUAGAUCAGCUCUCAGUUCAUGGGGUUGCUUUCAGGCAAUAAACCAUGGCAUGACACCUGAAUUCCUGGAUAAGGUACGUGAUGUUACCAAACAAUUUUUUGAGCUUCCAUUGGAACAGAAGAAGAAAUACUCUAAAGAAGCCAAUGAAAUUCAAGGUUAUGGAAACGAGAUUGUUCUUUCAGAUGAACAAAAGCUUGAUUGGAGUGAGAGCCUAUACCUGGUUAUACAACCAGAAGAUCAACGUAAGCUUAAAUUGUGGCCUGAAAAGCCUGAAGUUUUCAGGUCUAUUUUGCAUGAAUAUUCCACCAACUUACAACUGAUAACUAAAGUUGUCUUUAAGGCCAUGGCAAGCUCAUUGAAGUUGGAAGAGAACUGCUUCUUGGACCAAUAUGGAGAAAGUGCAAAAGUGAAGGCAAAGUUCAACCUCUACCCACCAUGUCCGAGGCCCGAUCUGGUUCUUGGUCAUAAACCACAUGCUGAUGGUUCCGCAAUCACCCUCAUCUUGCAGGAUAAAAACACAGAAGGUCUUCAAUUUUUGAAAGACAAUCAGUGGUUUAGAGCUCCCAUAAUUCCUGAGGCUCUUUUCAUCAACAUUGGUGAUCAAGCAGAGAUAUCGAGUAAUGGGAUAUUCAAGAGCUUAGUACAUAGAGUAGUGACGAACUCGGAGAGAGGGAGGAUUUCUUUGGCUGUGUUCUAUAUUCCAGAAAUAGAUAAAGAUAUUGAACCUUUUGAAAAGCUGGUUAACGAGUCAAGACCAAGAUUAUACAAAAUUAUCAAAAAUUAUCCCAACAUCUAUUUGCAGUACUAUCAGCAGGGAAAACGACCAAUUGAAGCAGCAAAGAUGUAAAAUUUAUCAUGUCCUGACAUUUGUAAGAAUGAAAAGUGCAGUUAAAGCAUGACUUGUUUGUAUGUCAAAAGGAAUAACAUGAAUUCGGCUGCAAAUUUUCACUCAUUUACAACUAGUGAAAGAUAAUGAUAUGUGACCUUGAGGAACAAGAAAUGUGACAAAUCUGCAUGAUUAGCACCUUGACGAAAGGUUUGACUUAAGUUAUGACUGCAAAAUUAACAAUCAUCAUUAUUUAACAAGGAAACGCAAACUUAUUCCUCUUUUCC